AUGGCUGUUUUACCCAAAUUGAAAAGCAAAGUUAGGGUUCUGGUGGCCGGCGUUGUGGAGGAAAGCCAAGAGAGUUCCGAGCCUGAACCGGAAGUGGAGUCGAAAGCGGAGUUGGCAUCGGAACUAAAGAAGGCGAUGGCGGAGAGGAAGGAGAAAGAAGAGGACAGCUUGUUGAGCGGGGUGGCGCGUGAGAUCGACGAGAUUGAGUGGCCCACAUUCGGGAAGGUUUUGGGUACCAGCGGCGUAGUCCUCGGCGUGAUCUUUGGAUCCAGCGUUGUUUUGCUUACUGUCAAUGCCGUUUUAGCCGAGCUUUCUGACCGGGUUUUUGCAGGCAAAGGGAUUCAGGAUUUCUUCUCCUGACACACACCAUACUAAACGAAAUCAAAAUCGUGCAAUUUUUGCUGAGAAAUGAUUAUCUU